GAUUGGCUACUAUUCUUUAUUGUAAAUUUAAUUCUUUAUUUGGGUGAUUUGAGGUUUUUGACAAUCAUCAAUUUUACAUAAUCAAGUAGGGAGGAUUUAUGCCUAACAGAUAGUACACUUUAAAUCCGCUUCUUCAUUUUUCAACCUGAGAUGGAACAUUAGAUUGCAAUCCCCAUGCUGGACUCUGCAGAAGGAAAACCUGAUAAACAGACUGGCGAGAGUGAUGUAGAACAGUUUGCAACUGAGAGUUGUAAGUGCUUGGAAGAAGCCCAUCAUAUGCUGCUAGACACCGACAGGCGUCUCCAGGCACAAUUACAGCAUUGCAACUGUAACAAGUACGCUGUUGUUCACACGUCGUGGACUGAUACAAAUGGUGGUCGUAGAUUUGCUCAUUGCCCUGAUUUUGAAUGUGACUAUUUUCGGUGGGUAGAUGCCCCUCUUUGUACACGCGCGAGGAUCAUCAUUCCUGGGCUUACACGAAGGAUUGACAUGCUUGAAGGUGAAAUGAGGACAUUGGAAGCCAUUAAUAACAAAGUGGAGAAGAUGAACACUUGGAGCUUAUAUUUCUUGCUGAUUUUAACUAGUUGGAUCAUGAUUUCCUGCUGGUUUUAGCUAUUGUGCUAUAAGCAUAUCGUUCAUGAUUGAUAUUUUAAUGUAAAGUAAUGAAAAUCUGCAGCUUCCUUUCGGAAUUGAGCAUACAUGCAUAUUUUUGCUUGUUGCGUUAAAAUUUUAGCGCGGAAUCA